AUGUUCAAGAGCGGCAUUUCCUCCAUCGCUCGCGCGGCUCGCCCUGCCUACAGGGCCGCGGCUCCUCGCACCCUCAAGGCCGUUCCCUUCCGAUCGAUCAACAACCGCUGGGCGAGCACUGCCGCCGCCGGUGCUGGCGAUGGCAAGAUUCACCAGGUCAUUGGUGCCGUCGUUGAUGUCAAGUUCGAUGGUCAGAAGCUGCCCUCCAUUCUGAACUCCCUGGAGACCGAGAACAAUGGUCAGAAGCUCGUCCUCGAGGUCGCGCAACAUCUCGGAGAGAAUGUUGUCCGCUGCAUUGCCAUGGACGGUACUGAGGGUCUCGUCCGUGGUGCCAAGGCUUCCGAUACCGGUGCUCCCAUCACUAUCCCCGUCGGUACCGCCACUCUUGGUCGCAUCAUGAACGUCACUGGUGACCCCAUUGACGAGCGUGGUCCCAUCAAGUCUGACGCCCACCUUCCCAUCCACAGGGAGGCUCCCGAGUUCGUUGAGCAGUCCACCUCUGCUGAGGUCCUGGUCACUGGUAUCAAGGUCGUCGACCUUGUCGCCCCCUACGCCCGUGGUGGAAAGAUUGGUCUCUUCGGAGGUGCUGGUGUCGGCAAGACUGUCUUCAUUCAGGAGCUUAUCAACAAUAUCGCCAAGGCUCACGGUGGUUACUCCGUCUUCACUGGUGUCGGUGAGCGUACCCGUGAGGGUAACGAUCUGUAUCACGAAAUGCAGGAGACCUCUGUCAUUCAGCUUGAUGGCGAGUCCAAGGUCGCCCUGGUGUUCGGUCAGAUGAACGAGCCCCCCGGUGCCCGUGCCCGUGUCGCCUUGACUGGUCUUUUGCUCUUCAUUGACAACAUUUUCCGCUUCACCCAGGCCGGUUCUGAAGUGUCUGCCCUGCUGGGUCGUAUCCCCUCUGCCGUCGGUUACCAGCCCACUCUCGCCGUCGACAUGGGUGGUAUGCAGGAGCGUAUCACCACCACCAAGAAGGGCUCCAUCACCUCCGUCCAGGCCGUCUACGUGCCUGCUGACGAUCUGACUGAUCCUGCCCCCGCCACCACCUUCGCCCAUUUGGACGCCACCACUGUGUUGUCCCGUGGUAUCUCCGAGCUGGGUAUCUACCCUGCUGUCGACCCUCUCGACUCCAAGUCGCGCAUGCUUGACCCCCGUAUCGUCGGCCAGGACCACUACGACACUGCGUCCCGCGUUCAGCAGAUCCUCCAGGAGUACAAGUCGCUCCAGGAUAUCAUUGCCAUUCUGGGUAUGGACGAGUUGUCUGAGGCUGACAAGCUUACUGUCGAGCGUGCUCGUAAGAUCCAGCGUUUCCUGUCGCAGCCCUUCACUGUUGCCCAGGUUUUCACUGGUAUCGAGGGUCAGCUCGUUGACCUGAAGGAGACUAUCAACUCCUUCAAGGCCAUCCUCAACGGUGACGGUGACAACCUUCCCGAGGGUGCUUUCUACAUGGUUGGCGACUUUGCCUCCGCUAAGGCCAAGGGUGAGAAGAUCCUUGCCGAGCUCGAGGGCCAAUAA